AUGAAAUUCACCCUAAGCACCGUUACCAAAUGUUCCGGCCGGUUGGGAGUUUUGGGCGGUCUGGACCGGCUUCCUACCCUGUCCCUUCCAACACCAGCAAUCAUAUUUCACACCAAGGGUGGCAGCAUUCCUCAUCUAAGCAAAGAAGCGUUUCAGCAUGUCUACAACGAACCGGCAGCCGUGCUACAUCUAAGCAUUUCAAACACGCUCCACAUGCAGGAUGUGGUUAAAGCGAGCCGUAUGACCAUUGCCGAAUUUAUUGCACAAAGCAACUGUGCCACGAUGCUGUUUCCCCGUGAUCCUAGUGAAGUACCCAUUCCGGGCACACCGGAAAAGGAUCUACUUCCCGUCUACACACGGAACGGUCGGCGAAGCAUUAGCCUGGAACAGUAUAUGACACUGGUGGAAGCAUUCCGGCCGGAUGCGUACGCCCCACUGUACGACGGUGAUACGGAUGGGAAAAGUUCGAAAAAGCGCGAACUAAAGUCACUCGAGCGGACGGAAAAGUUUGUGGAACAGUGUCUAGAAUGGCACCGCAAGUCGGACGCUUUGCGCGCGUCCCAUCUCAUUGGCCCCGUUGUCGGUGGAUAUAAUGAAAAGUUGCGAGAAAAGUCGAUUGAAAUGUUGCGCAAGGCGGACGAUCUGUUUGCGGGCUAUUUAAUCGAUGGUUUGCACACGAACGGGCCAUCGGUGGCCCGGUUGGAUGGAACGGCUGUGCUACCAAUCGUGGAAAGCGUUUGUAAAGCGCUACCGGAAGAGAAGGUUCGCUUUUGUUUCGGUUCGUACGAUCCAACGCUUGUGCUGGAUAUGAUUGCGAUCGGUGUGGACAUAUUCGAUACGAGCUACGUUUAUGUGAAAGCUGUCCAGGAACACCGCGCUUUGGUGUUUUCGUUCGAUGUAACUGCAAACGAGCAACGGCAUACGGUGACCGAGCUAGACACGACCGAUGCACAAUGGGCGGAAGAUUUUGGUCCCCUGCUGGCCGGAUGCCGGUGCUACACUUGCCAGAAACAUUCCCGAGCGUAUGUGCACCAUCUGUACAAUACGCGUGAAAUGCUUGGCCCGAUUCUUCUGAUGAUGCAUAAUAUACAUCACUACAUUGAGUUUUUCAAAACAAUCCGGCAACACGUAGAAAACGACACCUUACCGGAGUUGAGGAAGCAUUUGGCCGGUCAGAAAGCCCUUCCGCCGUAUGAACCAUCGAAGGAGCAAGGUAAAAUUCUAGUACCAGCAGCAGAGAAGGACUCCGCUGAUCCGGUUGCGGAAGAAUCGGACGAUAAGUUGCAUAAAAAGCAACGAGCGUAG